GUGGAUUGCUUAUUUUUUCACUCAGCUCUGAUCUGGAUGAAGAACAGGAAAGGUGUAACAACUUAUUUUCGGGUAAACUGGAAGUGGUACGAUUAUUGAAGGAUGGGGGCAUCAUUCAGAAGUUAUGUGUGGGAUCCCAUGUUACUCAUCUCACAGAUCAUUGCUAUGCAGAGUGUCUUCUAUGUGUGCUUUGGAAUUUGGUUGAUUAUGGUUGAUUACAUCUUGGAUCAUCCUAAAUCAUUAAGCCAGAUAUUUGGUUAUGAUUGCCUUGACUUCAGCAGUUCAGGAGGAAGGAUGAUUGUUGCGGUCUAUGUAAUGAAUGCACUCACCUGUGCUAUUGGACUGUGGUGUAUUGUGCAGAGGACAAAGCAGUGUACAGACUUCUCUGUUACAAUGCACUUUUUCCACUUCAUUGCCUGUUGGAUGUACAAUUCAUGGAUCCCCAGUUCGAUGGCUUGGUGGUUUACGAACAUUGGUUGUAUAGCAUUGACGACAGUGCUGGGAGAAUACCUGUGUAUGAGGACAGAGUUGAAAGAUAUUCCCCUUACGGGAGCACGGGCAGACUUAUGACAGCAGUAACAUGAACGGUUGGCCAUCACUGUUUGCAACAAGAGGAACAUGUUGCAGCGACAGUAAGAACUUCUGCCGUGGAACCUAUAUCAUCAAACAAUUGUCUAAAACAUAUUGCGAAGAGUACAAGUUCAUUUGGACUGCAAUUACAAGGACAAUACAUUGUACCUGGAGCAAAAGUUGACUUCUUAAUGGACUGUGUCUUAGUUGAGUUGAUUUGCAAUAUGUACUUGAGACCACCAAGGAUGCAUCUUCAUGGAGCAUGAAAGCAAGAAAUGAGGACUGGCAGCUUUACAUUCUUUCCAAGGGAUGUGGUAAGGAGGAUCAGUACCUUACCUCAGGCAUUGAUUGUAUGAAGAUAACAGCAAAUAAAUCAAUAUUGAAAAAAUAUGAACAUACAAGCAUACAAGAGUGUGAAUCCACCAUGAUAUCGUCUUGGUAUUGAUGUGCAAAGGAGCAGCAGACACGAUGAGAAAAUGAUUUGCAUGUGAAGGUGCGUGCAAGUAAAACUAGAAAGUUUAAUACAGUGGCAAAUGCGGGGUCACUGUACUUUCUAUUUCACACAUUGUUGAAAUGACUAAUGUUUUCUAGAGUGUAUAUUUCUGUUUAUACAUUGAAGAUCAGGCUAACGAGAAAAUCUAUUGAUGUACAAAAACAUAUAUGCAACACUUGGCCUCAUGGACCCUCCCUUCCAAAGCUUAUAGAUGGAUUACAUAUAUUUCAUAGAGUUCCUGUUUCUAUGAAAAAUGCACUGUAGCAAGGUGAUUUUUGACUCGCCUAAACGAAGUUCGGCAGAGACCUAAUCACUUUUCCUGUUUUUAGUCUGUUGGUCUGUUCCAAAGUGUUAAAUGUUUUGUUCUACUUGCUCUCAUUCCUUUAUUUUUGCAUCAAUUAUCUUCAUACUUGGUACAUAUGAUCCCUGGGCAAUACCACAUGUGAUCCAAUGAGAGAUGGGGUCAAAGGUCAUCUAGGGGUCAAAUGAUAUGAGGUCAUGUUCACCCUUUUUUGAAGUUUUUGUUCAACUUGCUCUCAUUUCUAUAUUUCUGCAUCAAUUGUGUUCAUACUUGGUACAAAUGAUCUGUGGGCAUUACCACACCUGUGUUCUUGAGGAUGAUAAGAUCAAUGGUCAUCUAGGGGUCAAAAGAAUAUUACAUAUUUAAUUGAUCGUGAAAUCAGGCGAGACUCGUAGUUCGAGAACCACCUUGUUUUUAAAUCAUAUGAAAUUCUGAAGAACUCACUUAUCAAAUCGAAUGCUUUGAUUUCUGUAGCUUUUAACAGUUUUUGUAAAUUAGUUGUUUUAACAAGUUGUAUGAAAAGAGACUACUGGUAGGUAAAAUGAAAGGAAGAGUACAGUAAUAGAGCAGUCUAAUGAAUUUUGUCAUUUGAAUUAAUGGUUUUGAUUUUAUUAUAAAUGAGAAAUCAAGUUGAUUAAUAGUGAACGAAUAGAAAUUAGAUAAAAAUGUUAGUAGACGUUUGUAGAAAAAGUAAAAAAUCAAAGAAGAAGAGUUAUUGAUUUGUAAAGGGGAAGUCUACCCUGAUGUGAGGGGAAAAAAUGUUAUCAUUUGAUGGAUUUUCACCAAACAUCCAUUGAUAUCCUUCUCUCAUAUGUCUGUAUUUAUUAUAACCAACUUUUAGACUGCUCCUUUAUGAUGUUAGGCAUCAAACACACUAUUUGCAGUGUCAUGACAUGAUAUGUGGGCUCACUUUUCAUUUAUCUUGUGCACAUUUUUGUGUUAUUUUGGACAGUAAUUUUCCCAUUCCAGGAAUGUUUGUACUAGGCACCUUGCAGCGUCUUUUGACAGGAAUCUUGCAAAGCAUCCGUCACAGCAACUUUCCUGCAUUCCCAAUUGUUUUGUCUAACGCUGAAGUAAGAGGAUUGGUAAUGAAAAUGACACUUGUGGGAUUAAUGCAGAAAGAUGUAGCUCCGAGUUUUGUGGAGGUGCCUGAUAAAUUUUUGGUUUGUUUGCACGUAAAGGUGAUCAUUUGAUAUGCUUGUGUCAUUUUGCCCGUAGCCAAUUGUGGAGGUAUCUUGAGGUGAAAUUAAAAAUAAGUUGAUUUGUAGACUUGAUGGCACAUAUUGAUCAAUGAAAUCAAAUCAGCCCAACAAUCUAGCUAAUAUUAAGAAAAAUGUUAUAGGGCCCACUUGUCUAGUCUGGUUUUACAGGUAAUAGUGGUCCAAAGAUAUCUGACUAGUACUUUAAAUAUAAGUGUCCAUAUUUUUGGUUUGGUGCAAACAAGAAUAUUACUAAUAUUUAUUAAUCAUUGUAUCAGUACCUUUUGUCAUUAAAUUUUAUUUGCAAAAUGUUAAAGAUAAAACCAAUAAAAUCCUUAAAUUGGCAACACAAAAUAAGUGGGAAAAAAAGUUGAUCUGUUUUAUUCAAUUACAUAAUUUUAAUGCAAAAAGGAAAGCAAUAUCGAUUAAGGCUACAAAUGAUUUAUUGCCUUGAAUGAGCUAAUUACAAGAUUGCCCAAGAUAUAGAUAUUUCCAUUAAGUAAUUUUGCUAAGAAUAUAACAAGCAAAUGUACUGGUUAGGUCUGUAUUUAACACAUGGAAUUCAAACAACUCAAAAAUAUUUCAUACUGAAGUGUCAAGGAAAUAUUUGUUGUUGUAAUAAAGGUGAUCAUUGGCCCACUUUAUAAAGGAUUUUCAACUGUGGUAACUGCCAUAAUGGUAACUACCAUGGAAUGUUUGAUCUUGAUUGGCUACUGAGUCCUGUUACCAUAGACAUAGUAGUUACCCUAAUGGGAAAGUAGUUACCCUAAUGGGAAAAUAUUUACCAUUAUUGUAAUGAUGUCCUUGAAAAUAGUCCCUUAUAUAUGUUCAGAGGUCAUAUAAAGUAUAAAAUGUACAUAAAUAUAUUACAAGAAAAAAAAAACUUUGUAAAUGUAUAAUUUAUUUUUUAAUAAAGUCUUAUAUAAUAAGAA